UCGCUCUAGCACAAUAGCAAUUGGCAUUUGUCAUUUUUAAUUUAUUUCGCCGCACUUAUAAUUAAAUGUCGGUCGCAACGUGAAAUUUCCGCAGAAUUCUUAAGAAAAAUUAACAAAAAUACCGUGAAAACUUCAAAAAAAUCACAAUUAACAAAACAUUUUUGUAAAAUUAUUAUUAAACAUAAACAAUUUUAUGAAAAAAACUAAAAUUGUCUUAAAAUAACUAAAGAAACAAAGACAAUUUGAGACAACCAACAGAAGCAGAUUAUUUAAGUGAAUUUUUAUAAAAUCUGUUUCUGUUAAAAAAAAAACUUACAGCACUUUAAAUUUAUCAAGAAAUUUAGAAAACAUAUAAAAGAACGCAAAACAGAACAAGAAGUUAAGCAAACAUAAGGUGCGUGUGCGAAAUUGAAUUAUGACGCAGCAUACGCAACCAGUUGGUGCUGGUCAACACCAACACCAGCAACAUCAGCAGACUUCUACACCGCAGCAGCAACAACAUCAAACUACAACGACACCAAACACUAACAACAAUACGAACAAUAAUAACAAUUCUUCAACAACGCCUACAACCACAAAUAACAAUCAAACUCAAACUGUAGCUGUACAGCAACAACAUCAACAAAACAACAAUAAUAAUAACAACAACAAUAAUAACUAUCAAUCGCAACAACAACAAAAUGCCACUGGUGGCCAAAUAUUUAAUCCCCAAAUGCCCUCAGCAAAUGGUUAUGUACCAACACUUGGUAUGCCAGCAGCAGCCGCUGCAGCUGCUCAUCAUCAUCAUCCACAACAACAUCAUCAUCAUCAGCCGUAUCAGGCAAUGAUGCCAGCCGCCAUACCAAGUACUGUUUAUGUCCACAAUGUUACCGCCAAUGUUAAUUUACAUGGUUGGCCUCAUACUGCACCACAUGGCCCUUGGGUACAUCCCGGUGGUGGACCACAUUAUAUACAUGGAGAUUUGCCACCAGAGCAGGGUGCUCCUGUCAUUCAACCCAUGGGUGCCAUGCCCGUUACUUUACAAGCACCAAAUGCCUUAGGUGGCCCUGUUAUGAAUCCUAAUCCCAAUGCUAUCAGUGGCGGUACUCGUGGAUCUCGCCGAGGCCGCGGACGUGGUGGCACUAGUGGCUCAAGACGUGGUGAUUACAAUAUGCAACGACAUCCUCAACCCGAAGGCAGUCCAGCACCACAACAAGGGGGACAAAUAAUCCACAAGAUAUGCAACAAAGGACAACAGACAACAGAUGGCCAACAAAUGGUGACAGCACUACCACCAUCAUAUGUGCCACAUCCUCAAUAUGCUGCUCAUGCACCACAAUAUCCCUAUGCUUAUCCAACGUUUUUUGCCCCUCAACAGCAUAUGAUACAUCCCGGCCAAAGUGCAGCUGCACAACAGGCAACCGGUACUCCACUAUACUUCUCUACUAUGCCUGUGUAUAAUGGACAUCAGAUGUAUAAUUAUGGUUAUUAUUUGCCACCCGUAAUGAAUCAAUCGGAAUAUCAAUAUGGUGAAGAAGUGGGAGUAGCUGGUCCUCUGGGAGAUGAACGUCAGCCAGCAGGUGAAGGUGGUGCCAUGAUGUGGCAUCAACAACCGAUGUAUACUGAUGAGUACGGCAUGAGUCCCGCUGAUAUGCAUGCUGUCUCCACAGAUGAUAUGAAUCAUAAUGCCUCAUCUAUGGGUUCGGCUAAUGAAACACCCAAUCUUUUAAGUCCCAACUAUACACCCAUGUAUGAACAAAUGACACAACAAAUGGGAGUUAUGCAUAUUUAUGAUGAUCCUCAAAUGGGUCAAAUACAAGUUAUGCAUCCUCAGCCAGGAGUGCCACAGCUGGAAGAAGAAUUAUCAGAAUGUGGUUCACAACCUUCUACAGCACCCAUACAAAUGGUACCAGCAGCUACUGCUGCUGUUCCUCCACUUCCUAUGAUUAUAGAACCUCAUUAUAUACCAGUCACAGGUGGUGCUAUAAUGCCAAUUGAUGAAACUCUCACACCCAUUGCAACAACACCUCAGCAUCAACAACAGAUUCAACAGCCAGCACUUCAACAGCAACAACAACAACAACCAUCAAUUACUGGGGGUAAGUAGUCACUUUAUAUUCUU